AGGCCGAAAAAAACGCGUCACCUGCGAGUCAAGUAGAGAAACCUAACAGCCCUCUCUCUACCUAAACAUCGAAAAAACCCGUUUCUCCGAUUUCUUCUUCAAUUUCACUUAUCUUACUGCCAAUCGUCGAUCUAUAAUUGCACCCACCAUGGCCUCCAACGGAGCUUCUACGCAGCAACAGAGACCUGCAGUGGGCACAGAGAAUAGUUUGGAGAAGAUCAAGCGGCAAUUAGCGUCCGGCUCUGGUAGGAAUUUGUUGCAGGGCCCACUUCUUAAGCGAUCUGAAACUCUGAGGAAAUGGAAUGAGCGAUGGGUGAUCUUAGACCCAACUACUGGGAAAAUGGAAUACAAAACUAGGAGAAAUGAACCAGCUGUGAAAGGGACGAUUCUCUUCGAUGCAAAUAGCACCAUCGCAGUUUCUCCUGUAAACUUCAAUGGGCUCCCAAAGUACGAUGGAUGCUGUUUUUACAUCGGUACUCCCCAGAAAAAAGAUUACUUCCUCUGUGCAGAGACUCCUGGUGCAGCUAGAGCUUGGGUAGCAACUUUACAUGCUACUCAGUUGGUUCUAAAGGCUCAUAAAGAGGCUGUGGACUCCCUAAGUGGAAAUGGUUCUGCAAAAUUAGGAACAGUUGCCACUGUAGUUGCUGCAGCCAAUUCAACAGCGCUGGAAUGCUCUAAAGAAAUUGAAGCAGCAAUGCAGAUUUCUUUGAGAAAUGCUUUAGGAAUGAUGAAUAAUAGGACAACUGAUGGUCCAAUGGAUGACAAGACAAUCCUGAAGGAGACGCUGAGAGUCAAGGAUGAGGAAUUACAGAAUCUGGCUCGAGAUAUUCGUGCUCGUGACUCAAUAAUAAAAGACAUAGCAGAUAAACUAUCUGAGACAGCUGAAGCUGCUGAGGCUGCAGCAUCUUCUGCUCAUGCUAUGGAUGAACAGAGAAGAAUUGUUUGUGCUGAAAUUGAGCGGUUAUCAAAAGCUUCAGAAAAGCAGCUGGAGUCAUCCAUGUUGAAGUUAAAGGAGUAUGAAGAAAAGGUUGUGACUCUGAGUAAGGAAAGAGAUCAACUGAUCAGGCAGAGAGACUCUGCCAUCCAGGAGGCAAAUUUAUGGCGUUCUGAGAUUGCGAAAGCCAGAGAGCGUGCUCUGAUAUUGGAAGGAGCUGUUGUUAGAGCAGAGGAGAAGGCAAGAGUUGCAGAAGCAGAUGCUGAAGCUAGAAUAAAGGAGGCUGCACAGAGAGAGGCAGCUGCUGUGAAGGAGAAGGAAGAGCUUCUAGCAUACGUGAAUAUGUUACAGGCACAACUUCAAAGGCAGCACAAAGAUACAAAGCAAGUUUUCAAGGAGAAAAUGGAGGCUCCAAAUGUUGUUGACAGCACUCUUCCCCUGACUAAGCAUGUAGACUUGUCAGAUGAGAAUGUUGAUAAAGCUUGUCUUAGUGUUUCUAGAGCUGUCCCAGCUGCUGGGGAGAAUGUUGUGCGCAUGGCAGUGGAUCAAAGUAACCCCGGGCCUGUUGAAGAUGCUGAAUGGAGCGAUAUUCAGGCAACAGAGUCAACAAUAGCUGAUGUCAGAGAAGUUGCACCGGAGAUAGAUGGAAGCAGCCUGGAUAUUCCUGUUGUUAGGGCACCUGUAAAUAAUCAUCAUGAGCAAGGAGCCAGCACCUAUCAUCAGCCUUGAUGUUUAAUCUUGCAUGUUCUACAGCGGACAGCAAUCAUUAAAGGUAGGGAAUGGCAUGCUAUUUGAAGUCAAUUAACAGUAAAAUCCUAACACUUCUCGAGGUGUGUCUUUCAUCAGCUGGCUGGUUGGACGCCAUUGCUUGUUAUAUCACCCUGUAUCUUCAAUGAAGGAUACAUCCAGACCUUUCCUGGAAUGUAUUUGAGAGCUUCAAAAUAGUCCAUCUAUGAUACGCGUGUACAGAGCGCUGUUCUGAAAUCUGAACCUUCUUGUCCCAACCAUAUAUUUUCCAGUCGUCAUUAUUGUGAUUGACUUUGUAUCUUUGUUAAGGAAUACAGCUGGCCAUUCUUCAAUGUUUUUGAGGGCAUAAGAAGAUUCCCCUUUUUAUGUUUGUGUAAAGAGCUUGUUAGUUCUGAGUGUUAAAUGCAAUUUUUUCUUGAAGAUGUUGACCUCUUUCGUU